AUGGCUGAAAGCAAGAAAAAUCGUGAAAACACCCUUACAUGUCCGAUAUGUAUGGAAACAUUCCAGAAACCAGUAACGUUACCUUGUCAGCACAGUUUUUGCAGGGAGUGUAUUGGUGUGUAUGCUGACAAGUCUAAACCUGGACAGACAGAUGAAUCCUGCAGCACGGGGAGUGAGGGUAUUCACCAGCUGAUCUCAUGCCCUGUAUGCCGGACAUCAACCGAUAUUGGGAGGGAAGGUAUUGCUGGUUUGCCUCCCAACUUUCAUCCGGCAGAAAUUGUGGAGAAGUUCUCUUCUGCUGUUAAGGUUGAGGAUGACAUCCCAUAUUGCUCUUUGUGUGAGGAUGAUAUUCAGGUUAAAGCUGUCAAGUUUUGUACCGACUGUUCUUUACUGUACUGUAAAGACUGGCUGAUUUCUCUUCAUCCCAUGAGGGGGGCUAUGAAACGUCACGGACUGAUUUCGUCCGUGGAGUACCUCGCCCAGGAAACCACACAGCGACAGGUCAGCAGGAUGAACAACCAAGUCAGCAGCCGUCAUGCGCCAGAAACGCCAGCUGUUUUGAGCAGGACUACUGAUCUGGAGAAAGUCUUACAAGGAACAAAAGAAUCACUGUCUGGGGCUAUGAGGCAGCGCAGUAAGUUACAGGAAAAUCAGGAACUUCACAUUCAAGAGGUAGAAAAGGCUUAUUGUGCAGCCUUGGAAGCUUUACAAGCCUGGAGGCAACAAUCCUUAGGUAACAUAAAAAUAUGCUGUUCACAGUGGAGUGUGGGGUUUAGCGCCAUCCUCCAACAUUUCCAAAUACAGGCCCAAGAAAUGGAGAGGAUGGUACAGGCUUCCAAAGAUUUGUUAGCCUCAGUGGACGUCGAGUUUUUACAGGGUUCCAUUGGCUUCACCAAAACAAUUGAUGACCAGCUGAACGAGAUAAGAGCAGAUCUGGAGAAACAUGAGGACAGCAAACAGACGCUUCUAGAUUUUGUACAGCAUGACCUUGUUUUCCUUCGACACGUGACGGUAAAAAGAGACAGCGCAAGAAAGUCAGGACAUAGGAGCAGCAGUCGGUGGACAAAUGUCACACUCAUGUGUUACCAGUAG